CUUUUAUAUUAAAUAGACUAAAAAAUUCUCUGUGCACUGAUGCGAGAAUUAUAUAGGUGCAUGUGCGCUUGAGCAAUGACUUUGUAAUGAAAUAAAUUCGCCAACCACACAGCAAGAAAAAAGAAAAACAUUCGAUUCACAGAAUCAGUUUUUAAAUAUUUAUAAGCAUAUUGAAAAUUAUAUUGUAUUAUGACAAAGUGGUAUUGGCAUUUAUAAUGUAUAAAUUCAUAAAAUUUAGCGUCCAAUGCAUGAAUACAAGAUGAAGUAUUUAAGUUUUGAAACGAAAAUUUUUUAGCUACCAAUAUAUAAUAAUCAUCUACAAAGAAUUUUUAUCUUCAUUUUUUUUGUCGACAGUGAAUGAAUAAACAAAAGGCUAUUUUUUUAUAAAUACUGGAAUUAUAAUCAACACAAAGGCUUAUAAAACAAUUCUUUGAAAAAGAAGGAGAGAAGAAAAGAAAAAAGAAUCUCCUAAAUAAAGUGAAAAAUAUUCUGGAGGAGAUAGAGGCUAUUUAAUUGGGAUAAUUAGGAAGAAAAGAACACAUUUUAGAACUUUAGUGGCGACCUCAGAAGAAUAUAGAGGGUAAAGAAGAUGGGAUUUUUUGUUUCGUUUAAAACAAACAGAUGUUAGAGUAACUGACGUACAUAUUUUUGUACAAAGACCACGCCGUGAACCAAACAAAAAAUAACGGAAUUCGAUCUUUUUCUUUAUUCUCUUUACGUCCACGUUAUUGCGAUUUUCGAUGGAAGUGUGAGCGAAUGAGAAAUAUAGACAUCACAUGUUCUUUUCAAAGAUAGGUGUAAACUCGAAAACAUUAUAAGUACCAAUAUCAAAUAUUUACUAUUACACAUUCUCCGAGAAGUUUGAUCGUAUAAAAGCAUAAUGGCGCAUGUUUUCAGACGAUUCGCCAGUGUUCGAAUUGGUAAAAUGCACAACCGAACCAAGGAGCAAUGUUCUUCAGACGUUUUUAAAAGUGAAUCAUUGAAUAAAGAACGUGAUAAAUUGCUUCAGGAAUUUCUAUUCGCUCGUGAUGAACUUAAAGGGCAGUUUGAUUACGAGAAACACGAAUUAGUAACGAACUACGAACGACGAAUAAAAUAUCUGCGACGACUUGUCGAGGAGUACGACGAAAACGUAAAUAUGCUAAAACUUAAUCUCGAUGCAGAAAAAGAAGAUAACUUUCUACUAAAAACCAAAAUUUUAGAGCUGGAAAAUCAACGAAACAAGAGAGAAAAUACCCCUGGUUACCAAAACCGGAGUUAUGACGAUGAAUCUACGCUUUCCAUUGAAGACGAUACAUAUACUGACGACGACGGUGAUACGGGUACACUGACGCGUCAAAAGUCGUCGAUAGACACUUUAAUGCACGGUAAAUCGUCAAUACACGGUUUAAAAUAUAGCGACAAGUUUGUCAGUAACGACUCUAUUGCAAAAAGUAGUUUUACGUCCAUAACGUCUAUAGCGUCAGAUUUUGACGGCGACAUUCACCACAACUGUCGUGAAGAGUUCAAUCGAUUAUUAGAUGAACUGCGUCUGCAGAAAAAGAAGUAUGAAGAUGAUUUAGAAAGAGAAAAAUACAACAUGGUUGAGCAAAUCGAAAACGAAAGAUUGCAACUUGAAAAAAUCGUCUACAAACAAUUGAAUUUAAAACUCGACAAAGAAGUGAAAAAACACGAAUUUCUCCAUACUGAGCAUGCGCACCUGCAAAAAACGAUCACGCAUACCAUUAUUGAAUCGUUUUUGGAUCAAUUGAAGCCGAAACAUUCGCCAAAUCAUGAAACAAAUUCGGAUAGUGGUGCAGAUGUCGAAGACAAUAGGUCUGAUGACGACAGCGAUAUCUCGAAUGUUGAUCGCGCGUACACAAUCGCGAGCGUGUGUAAGAAACAAGAUGAAGAAAGUAUUCCUGUAUCUCUGAUUUGCAAAAUUUUACAAGAACAGAAAGUCAGGUUGACUUCCGAGUACCAAAAACUAUAUCAAAAAGAACAAAAGAAAUUAAAGAAAAUCAUCGAUGACUUAAACAGAGAAAUAGUUUUACUGGUCAAAGAAAAUAGAGGCCUUAAGCAGCGUCUAAUGAUGGAGGGUGACUGUUACGACGAAGUUUCUGAGUUUCAUCACGAACUUACGCAAAAGUUGUAUAACCUAGAAGAAUUACUGGUAAAUGAUCCUGAUGCGUGCUGAGAGGGCGAUGGAAUAUGUGACACUCCUUCGUAGUGUUCGAAUUCAUCGUGAAAAACAAGGCUACAUAGAUAGUGCCUAAAAAUGACACGAACGGCAAAGGGAUUUGCGUUAGUAGGUAUAAUAAAAAAGCUCUGGGAUGGAGAUCGCAAUGAGUUGCCAUGACGAUUAACGACAAUAGUAAUGUUUUCGCGCUUGAAAUUGAUUUUUGAUUCAACGCCUGUUGUUUCAACCAUGUGCUUCAGUUUGGUUUUUGAUUCUGUUGAAGCAGCUGAUGUGUGAAAGGAGUGGAUUUUUUAAAAUGUUAUUUUUAAAUCCAUGAUCACGAAAAAAGCUUUUUUUGUUGCUUGUCUGGGCAAAUUUUUGGGAAAUAAGUAGAUAACCCAAAAUAGAAAAAACUUCACGGACAAUAAAAAAAUUAUUUAUCUACAUACUUAAAAUCUAAAAUUGCUUAAAAACUGGAGUACUAUGACUUCGUAUAAACUGUACAUACAUAUAUAUUUAUUCAAAGUAGUUAGUUUUUUAUUUAUUUUUACGGUAAACGAAAAAAUGAGUGUACAUAUAUUAAUUACAUAUUAGAAUGACGUAAUAAUA